CAACAACAGAUUCUUGAGAGUCAAGUUUGCCUGAAUGAUGCUGUUGCGAAAUCGUGGCGUUGUUUUGGCUUUUCUCUUCAACCUGUGUCUCGUCACUGGAAAAGGUUAGUGAACUGCGCGCUUAGUCCAAAUAUUUCACCCCCACAUGAUCAUUCUUCAGCUCAACACCUGAAGAGGCAAAUUUUUACGCUUAAUUACACAAUUUGGACGCCAAAUAUUGUUAAACGGAGCGAACAAAAAUAUCCAGUGAAUAUCUUGUGUUCUAUCUGAACAAUCCACUCAAAUUGCUAUAACGCUUUUUCAUUCUUUAAAGGACGAUUCAUUCCUUCAAAUUAGGUAACCUUAUUGUAUUUUUUAUUGCCUGUAAGGGCGACAGGACACCGGCCCAAAACAACAUUCAUAGGGCUUAAUAUUCAUACGAAUAGGACCUAAGGCUUGUUUUCAAUAAUGGGGCUUUGUGCUCGUUUUCCGGUAUACUAGCACACUCACUUAUUUCAAGUAAAUAUAAACAGAAUGAAAAUAACUUUAAAUGUUAAUUCGUUAGUUCUUCUUUGUUCCUUACAAACGUACGCCAUUUUCCCACCUGUUUCAGAUCUGCUACUUCCGAAAUGUGUCAAAAUUAUAUCUAUCAACGCUCCUUUGGACGAUCCAACAAGGGCUACAGAAAACUAUGGCCUGCAUGCCGAGAAAAAGGGAGUGGUUCUUUCAGCUAAACCUGGGAUUUUUAAGGUUCAUAAAGGUCUUUUGAAAGAGAAUGGGACGGUAUCCUUGGAAGCAGUUUUCCAUCCCAAACAUUUCUUACGCCACAAAAACUACAAGUUUCAUUUGGAGAAAGAGCUCAACAAUUCCAUGUUCUGUGAGUAAUUUAAGGAGUUAUACUUAUAGGAAUAAGAAGAGAAAAAAUUCUCAAAGUGUAUUUAGUUCGUGCAACAUUAAUUUAAAAGCUUUAAAGCUUAUGUCGGUUGUCUUGACCAAGUUUUAGUAUAGUUGUAGUACUUGAAUAAGGAAGCUAAUGUUUAUUAUAGUCUCUUUGAUGCUUUUCUCAGGAAUGCAAGAUCAUUUUUUACACCCCGCCGUGAAUUAAGCUAUGUUUGACCUCGUUUAUACCAUAACCCAAAUACCGUAACAGCUGCACUGUUGGAGUUUUUGAGUCAUCUUUCGGAAUAUGUGAAUAAUUCAGUGAUUUAAGGGUCCCCUAAUAAGUUUUAAUUAACCAAUUUAAAGUAAUUAAUAAUCUAAUCAGAAUAAAAUUCAGAAUCAUGAUGUUAACGGUAAUAAUGUUAAUGAUAAUAAUAAUAAUAAUGAUAAUAAUAAUAAUAAUGAUAAUAAUAAUAAUAAUGAUAAUGAUAAUGAUAAUAAUAAUGAUAAUGAUAUUGAUAAUGAUAAUGAUAUUCAUAAUAUAGUGAAUGUGUGGUCAACGUAGCGUAACCAAAGAGUUAUGGUUCGUGUAUAAGUAGCUAGGGCUUGUUCCUCGAUGUUUUGCAUAACAAUUUCUGCUACAAAAACAGAAACUGGAAAACUCAUAGUCAACAGCUACCGGUACCGUACAAACGACUUAUCGACAGAAUCAAACAAGACUAACUACGAGAGAACGGCUGGACAACUGACAAUUUGAUUGACAGAAAACGACUGUUUAACUGUGACAGUAGACAGAUCGAAAGUCGGAAACGCACCAAUGACAUUACGAGUCUUCAUAGCCAACAGCGUCAUGACUUAACUGACCGACGACCAGUAAAAUCGCGACUUAAUUGACCAAUCAGGUCAAUAACCAGGGUUUAUACCAUCAACUGACGUGAUACAACUCACUUUGACUCUGAAGAUGACUACCGCACAGGUUGUCGAAACGUCAGUCACUGUCAACAACAGUUCUAUUCAGGAUUACGUUCACCCGGACGAUCAUACUCAACCUACUUAUGAAAUAAUAACGGUUGUCAGCCAUCCUUGAUACUGCUCAUAUCUUGUCUCUAAGUUGUGGGAAGCUGCUGAGACAUGGCUGAGGUACCCAGAAAAUAUCAGAGAACUGGCUCACACAACAAUAAUAAUAAUAAUAAUAAUAAUAGUAAUAAAUUUAAUAAUCAUCAUUAUCAUCAUCAUCAUAACCGUAAUGUAUAAGUACUACAAGGCCAAUUUCAUUAACAGGUUGGACAUUUUUUCUUACACAAUUACAGAAUUAGAAAGGAGAUAAUAUCAGGAAUGGGAGUGACUAGAAAAAGGUUGUGCUUAUUCAUCGGAUGGAUAUAAUAUUAAUAGUUCUCUUUGUCCCACGAUGUAGUCACCUGAGAUGUAGACUGCAUUUAAGUUGAAUCAUCUUUGUUUUUCAUUAUUAGUCUGAUUUGUUUUUAUUGUUGUUGUUUUUGCCUUAUUUCAGUUAAGGACGCUACAUUCUUCAUCCUGAAGGUAACAGAGAACCCAGCCCUGUAUGCUUUUGAGCUGUACAGUCACCCCACCUGGUUUAUGCGGCAUUUGAAGCACAAACCUUACAAAGUAGUGCUGAGCAAAGUCAAUGAAUCAAGUAAAGAAGUCAUGGAUUCCACUUUUUACCUUUCUCCUCAUGAUUGUCCCUCAAAGAAGAAGAAACAUGGUAAUGCUCAGAUUAGAACAUUCUUGUUUUCUAGACGUUACAACCAGUAGAAAGGAAUCCUGUCACAACGUUUUCAUUAGUUUAUGCAAAGCAAACAUGCAUAUCACGGCAACAAAAGUGGCAUUAAUGACCGAGGACAGUAGGUCUGAUCUUGUUGCACGUAGUUUCCGUGCUAAAAACACAAGAUCAUUGACCUACCGCGGCGCAAAAGUUGUAUGAGACAAUUUGGGAAGAGUCAGGCUUUUAAUAUUAGUGGUCAUGCUUGUGUGUCGACAGUUGCAGAGAGGCGGGUCUUCUAGACCGAAAUUACUUUGUUCUUGAUUUGUUUGAGUGUUUUCUUGAUAAAUCCAAGUGUCACUUUACUUUGCUACCCGGUAACUUUAAAGCUGUUAAUUCAAAGUAUAAAUCAUUCUUACUGCAAUCUCAGAUUCUACUGUGGAAAAGAAGACAGUUCUCGUCGGAGGAGGAACCUUUAUUGGUAAGUUGCUACACAGUACAAUUUCCGCUAAAGCGUCAUUCAGAGGGUACGUAAUGAAGGCAAAAAACAAGUGGUCACGACUUCAAGAAAGGUGACUACGCCAGGCGUUCAACAAAUCAAAUGACUAAUGUGCUCAAGUCAUCUACAAUGGAACGUAUUGUAUGAACUGGCGCUGUUGGUGAUAAUAGCCAUAUUUUAAACGGAUAAAUGGCCAGGGAUUUCCCUCUCCGUAUUACUUUUUAAAAUAAGCGUUGCAUACUUUACAUUUAUUUUGACAGACUGAAUAAUUUUUAUCAGAAAACAUCAUACCGAUAAAGUCAAAAACCUAGUUUAGUGGCCUUAGCUCCCAUGAGUCUCCUGUAGCUUCGUGGUAGAACAUCUGUACUUGUAACCAGAAGGUCACAGGCUCGACUUCUGCCUGUUGGGAGUACUCGGAUUUUUUCUUCCGAGCAGCGCCUCUGUCAUUGACUGAAAAACAUCUUUCUCAUUAAACAAAUUCCUUUGAUCUUUUAACUUUUUCACUCCAAGGCUACUUUCACACGGCACUGGGUGGACAAAUUUUCGACCGGCUGAAAAUUUUGACCCGACACUUGGUUCACAAGGGACCGUUCAAUAUUUUCGCUCUGUUUACAAAGACCUUUAAACGGCUGGGCGUCUAAAUUUUCGUACGGUUAAGGUGGCCCUGUAUGAACAAAACAGCUAAACGCAACAGGUCAAAAAGUCGUUUGAUGCAGUGUGAAGAGUAUCCUUAUUCUCUUUCCAAUGCUGUUGUGACUUUGUUUAUGAUAAUUGUAGAUACUGCAGAUGAGCAGGAUGAGGAAUUCGACGUUCAGAAUGCUCAAGCCAACGAUUUGCACGCGGGUAAAAUCUUUAGACAAGAAUAAACUCUUAAAAUUAUUAUAAUGAAUAAGGGUAACUUUUGUAUCAAAGAUAUGCCAGGCACUUUAGAUCAUUAAGUUUUUAGCCUUUCUUCUCACUCUCAGGCUCUUUCAAGAAACGAGGAUUUUAAAGGUCCCUUUACACCUGGAUAUUUAUGGCAAAAGGCCUUACCUAAAAUUUUCAACAACUGUUGCACGAUGGACAUGUAACAGUAAAAAAAUUUCCGUUCGAAAGUUCGGGGACUGCGAUAUGUUUCAAUUCAACUGAGUAAUAGACCUUGUCAUGGUUUUGGAAGCCAUCUUGAGGAGUAGGCAACCGCGUGAGAAAGUAAUUUAUCACGCGGUCGCGCGUACUCGUCACUAGAUGGCUUCCAAAAUCGUGACAAGGUCUAUAUGUUGCAUGGAGCAAAGCUAUAGCGUGCCGAAACUGGCUUAAAGUUUCGGGCACUUAGCCUGCGAUUUUCAAACGACCUUAUUAACUCGCUAGGAACCUUAAGUAGGAAGCAGGAGUAACCUUAUCCUUUGACUCGUAGCCCUGAACCGCAACGUGAAAGUUAUCAAAAUCAUAACCUUGAUUUCAUUUCGCAUUCGUAAAACAAUUGCUCAAGAGGUUGCAGAAGAUUCGCAUUAAAUCUUAAGUUGCUUUAUACAGCUGGGUCCAGCCCUAAGUGCUCUGGGCUCCAUAAUCUUCGGUUUAAAACAAACAAUUCAAUCGUUACUGUUAGUCUGAAGCGAAUGUAUAAAAAAUAAAAAAUAAAAAAGGGAUUUAAUUCCUUUGGGCUCUUAGCCUUAGUUGAAUCAAUUGGGAAAUCUCUACUAAAAUUUGCUCCCUUUUAAAAUGUCUGCUUCUAGAAGAUUUUGACAAGUCAUUUUCAACAAAGGACCCAGGUAAGUUGACAAUAUGAAUACGAUAGUUAUAACACUUCGUUAACCACAAAGUUGUCGAAUUAGUACACGGUCAUUUAGUAGGUUUCUAGCCUACGCCCUUCCCUCUGUGGAGGGCAGGACGAAUGAGAAAGGCGUUUUGACAGUAGUUGCUUAUCACACCAAUGUUGCUCGGGAUCGACCCCAGCGUAUAUGUCGCUUGAGUUUGGUGUUGGUUUUGGUCUUUGCUUCGCGAUAUUUUCCCCGGUUUUCCCCAAUUCGGGUGGAUUUGUCUGCAACCAUAGUCAGGACACAGGUUUAUCAGUUCUUCUGAAACUGUCAUGUGUCUCCUUCUCUAAAUAAAGUUAGUUUGAGUUUUGCUAUCACACCAGCACUCUGCAAACUGAGCUGACUCAGUUGUUUUGAAACGCCAUUCUAAUCGACAUCCUCGAUGGAUGCUUCUAACACCAUGUAGCAGCUGAUUUUUGUUACCAAGAAAAACGGAGACACAUUUUGCGUUAUAACGUUGAGGAAAACAAGAGGGAGUUCAGGUGAAAUCCGAUGGAUUUUUGUCUUCUUCACCUUUCUUUUAAGAAAAUUCUUCAGCUAAAGCAGUUUGAGUUCUUAUUAUAUUACAUAUAUACCAAUACAGUAUAUAAACAAAGUACUUGGAUUAUCGCCUAUAAGAUGUAUGAUUUGUUGUAACCUUAAUCUUUAGAUGAUUUGGGGGACACGAUUCGCAUACACACAGAAGGUAAAGUUGACACAAUUUUUGUUUUGCCUUCCCCGGGGACCUCCCGGCUAACGGGCACCUUUUUCAGGCUCCAGCUAUAUUUCAAGAGUUGACGCCGUAUACGUAUAAGAAUUGUGUCAUUUUAGAUAUUUUUAAAAAAGGUCCGCCACAACUUGAAAUGGAUAAAUAAAAUUAUAGUUUAUUGGUCAGCGCCUCUUCUUCUAAUGCUCGAUUUUCUCUUAUAAUAACGUUUACCAACUUCAUUCCGAGGGUUUAGAAAAGUCAGUUGUCUUUUUAAUGAUUAGGUUUGUGAAAGGGGUAGCAUUUUUCAAUGGUGUAGAGACGUCGACAGCUCCGGUGACUCAAUACCACCUACGAUUUAGCCAUCAAAUGUAACCAUUUUACGAUCGCAAUCUUGAGAUUAAAUUCCUGAUACAUUUGAAAAUUUCUCCAAUGCUUUCGACCUCCCAUGAAAUCUCUUUCACUUCACCCCCAGCAGGGGUGGUGUCCAGCGCGUGUGAGAGGAUGGCGUCAUCGACUGGAGAACCGUGACUGGACCCCCUUACGGUUCGGGGUUUGAAUCAGAUUUAUUCCGUAAUUUUUAAGCUCUAGAUUGUGAUCGUAGUUUAUACGACUGGAUUGAUGAUGACUCUUGAUAAGUUUGCACCCAGUUUGUGUAUUUACCCUUUUUUACUUUGCCUACACACAAUUUUGAUCAAUAUUUCUUGUAAGUAGGGUUGUAAAUUUCUUCUUGUUAAGUAAGUUUGUGCACGGGGAACUAUCCUUCAACGAAGAGGUAUACUCUCGAGGCGGAGCCGGCCUCCCCGUAUGAAACUUUGUUGAGUUAUCUCCGGAUGGUUAAAAGCUGUUUUUAACCAUUUCCUUAUAUCUUUGAUAGAUGAACAGAGAAAUAGCGACAAAGGACCAGUAGAAAUACAUACAGAAAGUAGGUUUCUUUACCUUGUAGGAUAUCUAACGAAAUGUAAAUAUUUCAGACAAAAUGUACUCUUAGUGGUACGUCCUUCAUAAUUCGAGCCUGCGUAGCAGGCGUAGUUUUUUUGGUGCGUUAUAAUUUGGUUUGUGUUUCGUAAAGUAAGGGACAAAGCCGAGCGAGAGCUAAUCAAAAGUCAAUCGAGAGAACGAUGGGGGAGGGGACGGUGGAAAGAAAAGAAAAGGAAACAACAACCACCACCACCACCACAAGGUACGCGGGCUAUCGAAAAUCUUUUCUAUCUUGUUACGCACCUCUGCGACGUAUAACUAUUGAAUCAAUUCCAAUAGUGCCCAUCCCGCCCAGGAAUUUAGUAGGCUUUGGUCAUUUUUGUUCUUCAUUAGGUAUCACCAAAUUUGGCGUACUGUGACCUAUACAGUAUCGUAAAAGGAGCAUAUUUCGACUCCAUCAAUGCUACUGCUCUUAUAUGAAGAAAUUUUUUUUCUUAGGUGAUGAAAAACUCGUUAAACCGGACUCUGAUUCCUAUAAAGGUUAGUAUUCAUUCUGAUAAUCAUUCUUUUUGAACAUCCACACCCUAUCACCACACUAUCAAAAAGGUAAUAAGAAUAUUUCUAAAUAAGAAAAUGCCAAGAUAAAGCCCAAGCUAGCAGCAUAUAAAAGCACGAAUUAUGAUGAUUUAUGUUUAGAUGCAGGGUAUUUGAGCAGAGAAUUAUUUUUCCCUACAAUCUAAGUAUAUAUCUACAAUAGGUGCUCACCAUUAGAAAUGUUCACUGAAAGAAGUGAAAUCACCACGUCAGUAGUUUUUGGCCUUGUACCCUAGAUGUCGGGAAGCUCCGUAUUUUUAAGAAUUUUACAUUCGCUUCAUUUUAUCAUUUUAUCACAGGUUCAGAUAAUUCAAGUGACGAUAUCGUUAAAGAAGUCGAGGAAGGUAAAAAAAGUUUGCUUUUGUUUUAGUUGGCCAAUGUAGACGUUUUUGUCUUAGAUGAUUCAUAAUUUUCAGUUUGUAUUUGUGUCUAAAAUUUUAACAUUUCACAACUUUUAUUCUUUCUCCUUCACUUCUUUAGCUUUCAAAAUUUCUCAGAAUGUAAAUAAUUCAUCGUACCUGGAAAAAAUCGAAAAAGACAUCCAAGAUAAAGUAGACGCCAUAGCGGCUGUUACAACAGACAAUCCUAAAAACCAAACCGAAGAUACUAAAACCGCGCAUAAAGAGCUGAGUAACGACAAACCAGUAGACAACAUUGAAAUACACACGGAGACAGAGGCCGAGACACCGGUCAAGCCCAAAGAAUCACAAAAAAGCAAGUUUUCGAAACUCAACAAGAAGGAGAGAAGAGUUGAAGUGAUGGACCCAGUGGUAAAGACCAGCACUGAAAAAGAUAAGGUCUCUCAACAUCAGAGUGCAAAAACAGAGUUCAACAAAGACAUUGUAAUUACUGGGAGGCCUAAACUGAGCGGAAAUGUUGUUAUAGAAUCUACCAUGAAGUAUAAGCAUCCACAAAACGCAGCCCCUAACGGAAAAAGUGCUAACAUUGAGAAUGUAACUGGUUACGACAUCGAUGAUGUUGCGGGGAUGAAAACCCAUGUCAAUGCAACUCCAUCGAACAUCACAAUAACAGUACCUGAACACAUCUCCCAAAGCAAAGCAUAUCAAAAUUAUGCGCAGGCCCACAAAAUCUUGAGCAAAAAUAUACAAAACUUAAAAGACGUUCUAAAUGCAAUUGAAGGUGUACCGGCUAAUAGUACUACAGGAAAUAAGCAAGGAAUUGUUACGAUGAAGACAAAUGAUGGUACGAUGGGACCGAAGACUGGAAACGAUGAAGCAUUAAAGAUUGUAAAAGUUAGUGGCACUCCAAUAGGUCCUAGUAACAGUAAUCAUAAAGUACCUGCCGGGUAUAAAGUGUUAAAAACCACAUCGACAACAGAGACAACCAUCACGAAAUUACCCGGGCCUCUUUAUGCACAAGUGCACAAACCUUCACCAAAAUCAGCUACAAACCAGCCUGUAGUCAGCGGGGCUUCCGUUAAAGCGCAAGCGCAGCCUGUGCACGUUGUUUCUUUUCCAGGGUUGCACGUGGUUCAGGGAUAUGGACACCAAGCGCCUACUGAUGUUAGUGCCCAGGGUUCAGCUGAUAUAGUAGAUCACAUUGCCAGUGAGCUUAUUGAUCAUAACAGGCAGCAGUCACACGCCCACAGCCAUAGUAAUUUGCUUCACGUGCCUCGUCCUCAAAACCAGUCUCUCCUCCAGGAAACAUUUAAGGAGCUCACUCCCGACAACACCAAAAUCUGUAAGUUGGAAAACAGUGUCGCUCUGGGUAGUACACUCGGGUGUUGUAGUGCUAGGGCGAGUUGCCCUAAGGGACUGUAUCCAAAGCGAGGCUCAACGCGAAGCCAUUGGUAUGAGCAUGUUUUUUUUAUUCUCUCACUUUCUCGCCCCAGGCUUUCUCCAGGAUAUCUCUCUCUGACAAGAAACUAAGAAAUCCUGGGUAACGUGUUCAGAGGAAAGACUGGGACCGGUAAAGAGCGCUACCGGGCGCUACCGUUAUUGGCGACACAAGUGUACAGCACUUCACUGUCACUGUAGUGCAAACUCCGUUGAGGGAGAGAAUCACACAUUCACCUUCCCUCAAAAUACAAAGAAAACGAUAAUUUAUCUUAAGUUUUAUUACUUGUCACACCAUCGAUGAAAUCCUUGAGUUGGGUAGGUGUUAAGUUCUCAGUGUUUCUACAUUUUCGCUUAGUCUUUUUUUUCCUCUAAUAGUUUAUCUUGGACAGUGUGAGGACAAGUUUCCCAAAGCAUGCGAGCAGUGGGCAGCCAAGAGGUUUUGCUUGACAUUUGGCGAACUAAUGAAGAGAUACUGUAGAAAAGCCUGCAAAUUAUGCAGUAAGUACAUAACUCUGACUUAUUUUCUACACAUGUCCUAUUACUGCAAGUUUGUCCAUAACGAGUAAGAAAAAAAUGAAGGAUGAUGAUCAGCAGAUUAUUAAUGUUACAGGUUAUUAAGUUGUUUUGAUUUCUACCGCACGAAUGUACUUUUCUAAUAAGUUUAAUGAAACUGAAUGCACUGUCUGAAAUGUUCUGGCUUUGUGAUUCUUCUCUGGCAAUAGAGGGUAAAAGGUAAGAAUGAAACCCCAUUUUGGCCCUUCCAAUCCCUUUCUGUAGUUAUUUUGAGUUAAAAAAAAAUGGCGAAUAACCUAAAUCUCAAUAAAUCUUGGUCUUCUCUUUGCCUUCCAAUCUCACAAAAUUUGAUUGCAAAUUUCAGCAGGGGAAAUCACCAGAUCGUAACAAAAUAAGUUUCACUAUAGACAUUCCUGUUUUGUCUCCAGAUCACGUGUUAACAACUGGGUUUACACAAUGUGAUAAGACCUGCGGUGGUGGGAUUCGACUACGCAUGAUCAAAGUCAAUAACCGCCAAGUGUUGCAGAGAAGAUCAUGCAACGUACACAGCUGUCCAGGUAUGCGAGUGAAAAAUUAUUUAGUUUACGUUUAAGCAGAAAGAGAUAGAUUUAAUUACAUUUAAAAGUUUUAGCUAAGCCUCCAGUCAAAAUUGUGACUUAGCUAAGUAUAUCAGGUCAAAAAGGGUUAGUAGUAAAGUUUUGUACUUGAAAUAAAUAUUUGUAAUUAUUAUUAAAUGAACAUUCUCAGUUAUAAGGGUGGAAUUUAAUUUACAUUCAAUGAAUUGGGCUAUUUCUGCUUAAAUUUGUUUUCUCACGAACCUGUGGUUAGAUGCAUAUCCUGUAAAGAAAGAGCGGUUGGGUUGAGGUUAUAUUUAUCUCUUUGGUUUCUGUUGUUUCGCCAAAUUUUAUUCGUUUAAUAAGGCUUAAUGUUUCACAUAGUUCUCUGUUUUCUUUCCAGUCAACGGAGGCUACACGCCUUACUCGGAGUGGUCGGAAUGCAGCGUGACAUGUGGCGAAGGAGUGCGUUACCGUCACAGGUCAUGCACCAAUCCCAAGCCCCAAUUCGGUGGACACGAUUGCAGUCAUUUUGGACCUCCUGUUGAUACCAUGCCGUGUGUAAAGGGUUGUAAAGGUAACGCCAUCCUAGAAUAAUAGUAUUAUGAUACUACUAAUAACAAUAGCAUUAACUAUUUUACUAAUAAUGUAACAAUAAUAAUAAUAAUAAUACGACUAAGGAUAAAUAAUAACGAUAAUCACAUCAGGAGCCCAUAACCCGGAGCGAGCAAAAUCCAUGCGCUCGUGUCACGUAUUUUCAGGGACCAGUUUAUUUUUAGAACGGUUUUGGCGCUAACUUUAAAUAUUUUUUAAAUUCCACAAACCAGUCAGCAAGCCCUGCAGACCUAAAAAUGAUAUUUUUUGCCUUUUGAUAACAUUUAUUUUUCCUUUUUGAUAUCUUAUACUCCGAAUGCGACGUGGUGGAGAUCCUUAUUUCGCGGAAAAAAAGAGCCCUGAAAUGGGUCUAAAAAUAAACUGGUCCGUAAAAACGCCGCGACAUAGGCCUAGGAUGGGAGUUGCUCGCUCCGGGUUAUGGGCUCCUGAUGACUCUGAUAACACUAAACAUGCAGAAUCAAUGUUUAAAAUGAUUUCACAGAUGUCAUUUGCAACUCAGAGCCAGCACAUAGUAUUUAGAGUAAUCCCGACAAUACUAUAUCCAACACCAGACAGAGUGUUUUAAACAAUUAUCGAUAUACCGAGAAGCGAGAAAUGUGAUUCAGAAAAGAACAACUGAAAAACGAGAUUCGAGGCAGCUGCGUUUUUGCGACAUCGCUUUCAAGUGUCUAAAAAUUAGAUGAAUUCUUGAGUAAAUUCAUACUAAGGACCACACAGGCGCAGUCUUCUGCGAAAUAGAAAAAAAAGUUAACUAAAGGUACCACAGUCCAUGUGCUAGUCAUGACGUGAAAACACGCUAUGUUUCCACUGAGCAGUCGUUGUAACUGCCUUAUGAACACAUUAGGGACCUUAACCAAAGACGUUUUUGAGCGACGCACGCCAACCGGAAGUGAGGCCUUCUCCCUUUCUAUAUGCCUUGACGCUAACAAACUUGUAUUGCUGAGUUUCUUUUCUCUUUUAAAGACGAUUUACCCGAGAGUUUCAACCAAACCACUCCCCAAUGAUGCAAAAAGUCCACUUCCGGUUGACGUCCGUCGCUCAAAAACGCUGCUGCUUAAGCUCCCUAAUAACAUGAUUAAGUGCCUCGAGGUAUAUUCAAAAUAGUUACCCACUUCUACUGUAUUGUUAACGAAAAAACUAUUACCAUUACCGAUUAAAAUUAAAAAACUGAAAUAACUAACCAUGGCAAAGUUUUUGAUUAAUACUUAGGAUUCAACCCUGCUAGACACCAUUCCACAACGGGUAAGUUACUAAAUGUAAAUGAGGAAUGUGACAAACUGUAAGCAUCACAUUUGUUCGAUUUGUUUGCCUCAGCUAAAGAGGUAAUAAUCCCAUAUUAAUCAUUACCAUAUUAGUCUAUGUACUACUUGAAAUAGUGCACUUCUCCAAUAAACGCUGCACCCGAUCUAGGCCAUGCACUUAUAUGUAAGAGCAACCGAUACGUACCAAUAUGGACUGCACCCUCUAAGCAACAAUUCAACUCUUACUGAUUUCUUUUUUUGACAUUGUUAACGCUGAUAAUUAUGUGCUUUAUUAUACAAAUAAUGUAACAAAAGUCCUUUUAUUUAGAUCCUGAUAAUUAUCCAGAGUACAAAGCCGAGGAAUCAAAUCCAACGAUAUUAGAAGCUGGUAAGUAAGUAAAAAAGGAAUUGGUAACUUGAAUCAGAAUGGCGAUGAAUUCUUAUUUACUUACUCAUUUACCGCUCUUCUAGUUACAAAGCAAAAUAGGCUCGCUAAUAAGAUAGUUCUUGCAGUUAGCUUGAAAUUUAGAGAUGGCUGAGGCCCCCUGACGGAACCGUUUAUUCAACUUCGUUGAGCUAUGUUUAGUGUUUUGUUUGUUACUCAUUUGUUUUAUUUUCAAAACCGUAAGUGGAAAACGAUAACCUUCGGGUUUAUUGCUUGCUUCAUAUUCUAUUCCAUAUAGGCAAGGCAUGUUUCAAACGUCGUGCUUCUACUGCCCUUCUAAGCUGGCUCAACUUUUGCACGACUCUAAAUAAAAUAGCUGUUGCGGACAAAACAUAAAAAUAAAAAGCGGUUUAGAGAACUUUUAAAUGUAUUCUAAUGUAUUUAUAUGACUUGAUUCAAACCUGGUGCUUCUCCCGUGUUAAAUUCGAAUUUAUUCGUAAUUUUUUCAAUUGAGUGCGGAACCGGUAGUAGCACGCACGACGUUUGAAACAGGCCUAAGUCUUAAAAGACGCAUGUCAAUAGUAAUUCAAGUAUUUUGUGCAUGUGUUCUUAAGUUGGUGAAAGUGAAUCGGGUGCGAAUAGUGGAGAUGAAGAUUCAGGAGAGCAUCCUGCUAAAGGCAAGUGGCUAUAUAACUGAUUCUAGUAAAAUCCAGCUGGAGGUCUGUUAUUAACGCUGCGUUCUGAUUGGUUGGGCCACUACUAGGCUGUAUGUUAUAGGCCACUAGUAGCGAAAAGCGCGGGCUUUUUGGCGGCAAAAAAGGAUUAAAGUCUAGUUUUAACUAGCUAAAAUUUUUUUAAUUCUCGAUAGUUUUGACCAACUAGUUGGAUUUUACUCAUGGCCUCUGAGUUAAUAGCCCAUUCGGCCUUCGGCCUUAUGGGCUAUUGACUCAGAGCCUAUUGGGGCUCGAGGAAUAAUUGUUAAAAAUUUACAUCUUGAAUUUCGACAAUAUUUAAACAAAAUUUCCUAUUACAAGUAUAAAAGUCUGAAGUUGUACAAGAUUGGGAAUACAAAAUGUUCGCCUGGUUACAUCUGCCUGAAUUGUUUUUUAGGAGAAGAUCAUGAAUUUGAAUGGCCAAGUAAACAUCACCGAAAAAAGCCAAUUAUUCUUCAUCAUGUACACAACAAUCUUUACCAGCACCGCGAUGACCAUGGCAAGACUCAUUAUCUGGACGUAGGUAAGCUACAAGUAAUCUUAAAUAGUUCUUAAGCCUGCCUCGCCGACAACUGUGCCUCAGGCUUGCUUUUCUAAUUCCUUUCUCGCUGUCCUUAAUGGCAGUGCUGAAGAUGCGCUAGGGUACAGAAUCAUGAACGCAGAUUACUAGCGCUGCAGAUCUUGAUCCCAGCCGAUCAAACUGUUUUGUUACCCAUUCACCCAAGGCGGCACGGACUGGUGUGCCAGUGUCCGGGUCAGCUGAAGAGAGGCUAGUUUAGCGGUGCUAGCAGCGCCCCUAUCCCGCUUAAGAAUGUCAUCUAGGGUGGUAUACAGGAGAAGCCCACAAUGUCUUUGUCUGUGAAGGGGCUCCAAGAUCACAAGAUCAGGUCCCUUUGGGUAGGUUUUUGCCGGAAGCUGUGAACUAAGAGACCUUGUCUCCGCCGGGACACCUUGCUGGAGCCUUUGUUGAGAGCGUUUUAUACAAGACUUCAUUGAGCACAAGCUCUGCUAGGAGAUGUUCAGGACUGCUCGAAGCAUCCUGGUAGAGGUGCCGUCAUAGGAAUCCAUAAGAGCAGAAGUCAGUACCCAACAUAAAGUUUCAGCCUAUAAAACCAAUACCCAUGGUCUUAAAAUAAAGAUGAGAAAAAAGCUUCUUCUGACGGACACCAUCAGGGUUCCUUUUCCCUGCAAACAGCUACACUUUUACGUGGCCGGCCGAGAUGAUGGGGUUGUAAUGGCGGUCUUAUCUUCGCCGGCAGCGGAAGUGAAAAAGUACCUUUAAUUAGUAAUUGACACUUUUAAAAAUGAAGCACUGUCUGGUUGAGUUUUCGUUGCCUUUGAAAUGCGAACCCGUAUUUUUCCUCUUUAUCAAUUCUUUAGACGAAGAACAGAGUCCUGAUGACGAAUUCCAGACACACGUGGUACGAUAUCACGGUCAAGAAGGUAUGUAAGCAUAAUCUCAAACUAGCCAGGCAAUUGGUUGCUAUCAAGUCAACAAGUGUGCGAUGAUAACCAUACCACAGCAAAAAUCACUUAGCUGCUUUCUAAGUGAAAAUAUAAUUAUUAUUUCUGCUCUUCUCGCUGUUUGAUCAGGAAUGGCUUUUUUAUACUAAAUUCGCGUUUUAUGUCUGGACGAACUUGGGCAAACAUUUUGUAGUUCCUCUAGUAUGUGUCAGUCAAUUAGAUGCAUUAUUGCAUUAUGUGUCCUGACGAAUUAGUUCUUCUUCUUGUGCUCAUUUUUACACUCUAGACGCAUAAAGGCUGGUUUUCACUAGCGACGGAGUCGGAGUCCGAGGCGUAAGCGGAGUCGUAUAAAAGCGCUUGACUCAUUUUAAAUCAAAAAUCGGAGUCGUAAGAAGAGUCAUAAGCGCGAGGGAAUCGGAGUCGGAAGCCAAUCAGAACGUUUCCAUUUUCUUCCGACUCCGCUUAUGACUCUGUCGCUUAUGAUCUGGUGAAAACCAGAUUGUCGGAGUUGGAAGCAGAAGCGGAAGGAUAAACCAAUUACAAUGCACGUUCUCUGUUGCGACUCCAACAAUCUGAUUUUCACUAGAUCGUAAGCGACGGAGUCGCAAGUGGAAUCAGAACGCUUGUUUUCCUUGAUUUUAAAGUUCUAAGCUUCUGAUUACGACUGCUGCAAAAUGUUUGCCCAAGCUUGCAGGGACUGAUAAUGCCACUCUUUGUAUAGUAGUAUAAUAACGGCCACAGACGUUCAAGGUCUCGACCCGGGCACCCGCCCCGUGCUCGAAUUGGGGCGUGUGGCACUGACAAAGGGGUGUGUUCACAUUAGUACCCAGCAAGUACUUUACUCAUGUGCUAGUUCCCGGGCGCCAAGUGGCAAUGCUGCCUAAAUUCCUGCCACCGGUUAGAAAAAAACUCGAAUAUUUUGCUUCCUUUUAGUGGCCAAGAUGCAAUGCGGCCCCUCUCGACUGCUUCAGUACCAAAGAAACCCACCAAACGUCCCCGUUGCUGGUUACAAGAGGUCUAAUACGUUCAAGAUGUAUGAAGGUGGUCAGCUCAUGUACGAUAAAGAAGGACUUCCAACAGAUACUACGAAGAAUAUCGUAGAAGCUUUUGACUCGUAAGUUUAUAUAAAACGUAGGAGUUUCGUCCAUUGCUUUUUGUUUCGAUUUUAAGGUAAAUAAUAGUCUAGCUUGCCCCACAAACCUUAGAAAAAGCAAUUUUCACGAUGCCCAGGUAAAAGGGGUUACACUGAAGUUCACAUUUCCUCGUAGUACUUGCCACGGCACGGGGCGUCUAUGGACGAAUUUUGUUCUCUACGCCGCUUUCGGUGAAAGACCUAUAGGACCUAAUGACAAGUAGCGGUCUCACUGACAGUUUUAGCCUGUUUUCCAGGGUAGAGGUAUCAUUCCACUGGAAAAUGCCUCAAUUUAACCUCCGGCUAUUAUCGCUUAUCAGAGCCGAACAGAGUUGUAGUCUUUUUAUAAUUUUACCUAUACCUCUGUUCAAGUAUUGAUAACCAUCGGUCCAGCCUCCUACUCGUUGCCUUUGAUGAAUUUGGUUACUUUGUUUCGUGCAAAUAUGAAGUUUAAUACAAUCACAAGAAAUUUAAUAGAAGCCUUAGUAAUAAUAAUCCCUUUCCCCUAGUCCUUAUAAGAUCAUUCUUCAACGAAACAAGAACAAUCAAAUGAAGGUAUUGGAGCAAUGCAUAGAAUCAGGUGAGAAGAACUAUAUGUAUGAUGUUUCAAGUAUUAUUCCUCAUUCAGUGUCGUAAAUAACUAUAUAAGUAAAAACCAAAACAAAAUAGGAACAAAAUAAAGGAACGGAAGGUAAAUAAGGGACGGCUAGUUUCUUAAAAAAUGGUGCAGUUGCCAUGAAUGUAGCUCACUUAUGUGAUGUGCAGAAGUAUUUGGAAUUAUUCGCGACGCGUGAAAAGCAUCAAUAUUUUUACGUGAAAGCAUUUUUUAUACUAUGGGACCCUCUAUAAGCGUGAUGCCAGACCUGCCUGCUUGCUUACGGUUGCGUCGACGUUAAAAUUUAUGCAGCUGGCACCAGAUCAUUGAGGUGAGAUAACUAAGAAGCAUGUAUAAAAUACUGGACGUGUACAUGGAGUAUAAUGACGAUUCUGAAAAGCUAGAAAACGGAAGAAAUUUUAAUAUGAACCAUAAGCAUUACGCCUUAAAUUUGACCAUUUUAAAAUUUGUUAUCAAUCACAUUUUCUUAGACGCCUCUGUGAACCCUGAUAAUGACUUAAAGGAUGAUGCGCAAAGCUUUGGUAAGUUCUAAAUACUUUAAAUUGCAAAAUGGUGAAGAAAUGAACGUAAGCCCAACUUACCAGUAUGAGGAAAAGUAGAUCUUGGGAAUGGAUAACAGGACCCAACUCUGGACAUUUGGCGGUGUCACCAAGCUGAUAAAUAAGUUUAAUUUUUUGAACACUUGUGUGUUUCACUUUUUAUAUGAUUUAUUUUUAAUUAUCUAUAAAAAAAUGCGGGACUGCUGUCAAUUACUCUUACUAACAGCUACCUUUUACCCAUAAUCGCAAAACAUACAAAGAUAUACUUUUUUGGGUAGGAGGUGGGACAUUGUCUAUACAUUGUUUCUUAGUAACCGAAACUGAAAUUUGUAGAAUUCUUUUCGCGGGUUAGCGAGAAUCAAACAAAUUUAUCUCCUUAGAUGGAUUAGUACACUUCAGGUUGGCAGAUUCGGCAAGACCUUUCUUGGGCGGAACGCGUGUAGGUAGCUGGAGUUGGUCACUCUGUUAGUUUGGAAAUAUUGUGUCGAUUUAAUUUGAAUGCUUCAUGAUACUCAUGAUACUUCAUGAUCAUCAUAUGGCAGAAAACAAAAAGGAAACUUUUUCUUUUUUCAGCUGGAACCACUUCGCUGGGUAGCGAGCAGCACCCUCUUCCUGCCAGUACAAGAAUGAAUACAGAAAGAACAACCUCUAACCGAUUCACAGAAAACGGUGGGUGGGUGGGUAAAGUAGGAGAUGGGAUGGGAGGGUAGAAUUUCAAACUCAACUCAGACAACUUUUAACUUCUGAAGGUAGGUCGGAAGAAAAAGUUGUAUGGAAUACUGCACAAUAAACUCGCGACUGAGCACGAACAGUCCUAUGUUCGAACUCCGCUUAAUAUUAAUAAUGAGUAGUAGUGGCUACCUGUUGGUUUAAGAACGACGAGGUCUGUGCUUUGCUUCAUAACUCAGCAGACUCCACCUUAUGCAACUUUGAUGAAGACUGUUGUGGCUCUAGAAUUUGGUUGUUAGAACAGGGGUUGAGGCAGCCCUGUGAUGGCAUUUAAAGUUGCUGCUGUUGAAUUAAAUAAAGAUCGCGUCGAGAACCAUAUUUUUAUCUCAAGAGAACUCGAAGUUCAAAGGAGUAAAUUACUAUGCACUACAGCCCCCAAAUUUUAAUGAAUUUAAGCGUCUAGAGUGACAUUUUUUUGCUCAGCAUGAGUAAGAAAAACCAAAGAAGGUUAAUACAAUCUUUCACGCUGGGGAAACAGUCACUUCAGGUAGUUUCAGGAUGCGGUUUAUGAUUACUAGUGUACAAACCAGGAGGCAGCGUGGCAGGGUGGCCGAGUAGUUAGAGCGCCGGACAAUUCGGAAGCCUCGAGUUCCUCGCCCUGACCGCAAGCUAGAUUUGUCCACUCUAGUCCCGAGGUCAAAUCUUCGACCAAGCUUGUAAACAGCCCGCUGAUUUGCCUCCGGCCGGUUGGGAUUCUUACCCCUGUUAAGCUCAAUUUGCUCGGCCCCACUAGCAUUAGUGCCAUAAAUACUGCCGAGGGUAAAUAACGGAAUUAUUAUUAUUAUUAUAUUACAAUGAAUAAAUACUUUCUGAUUAGUAAAUUUUUCUUUAAUUCAAGGUUUAUACGAAUACAAGUACCAGGACAUAGGAGAAGGUGUAGAUGAUCCCCCAAAGACACUAGGUAAACAAGUUUAGCCGACACUACAAAAGCCUUGUUGAGUUUCACUUGUACCAAAACACGUUCGAUAGGAUGUCUGCAUGUGUGACUUCUGAUAAUUAAUGUGCCACACUUCAGCUUCGCCAGUCAAAGUUCAUGCGAGUGUGUUUUGAGAGGGAAUUAAUUUCUUAUCCCCUGCGCAAGUUCUCCCUCAAUUAAAGACUCAGUAGCCUCCAGUCCAAUUAAAUUCAAGGGUUCUCUUAUUAAGCUAGCUACGCCAAUAACGGGGACCUUUUUUGUUAUCAAUACUAUUGUAGCCCCGUUAUUUCGUCAGAUCUCCCGUAGUGGGGCAUCCUGGACCACUGUUAUUCCGACUAAUAUCAACGAGGUGUGAAAUUUCUAGAUGUCCUAUUGGUUAUACCUUGAGCUGAUUCUACAGAAAAAUGUGAUUAUGGACUCGCAUUUUGAUUAGUAAUUCCUUUUAAUGAUCUUGAUUCAGUUUCAUUUUACCAGACAGCCAAAAACAAAAACCAUGUGGUACCUUAACUCUAGACCUCUUAGGAGAUGCAGAGGAUAAAUUAUAAGGAAUGAGCUAUAUUAUUGGCUGCAUCACCACUCUGGCCCCUCUUUGGUCUCAGUCUUACAAGCCAGUUCGAUCAGUAUAUAAUUGAAGGAUGCAUUCCUCCUUGUCCGAAAAAACUGAAAUGCAUGUAAGGGUUGCCAGACUUAGGGCUAAAAUGACCCGUGAGCUGAACUAGAUCUGGUGUAUGUGGUUUUUGUCACUAUAUAAAUUAGGCAAGGAUGUCACAGAUCAAUUGUCCAGAGUAAUCAAGAAAGAGACAGCUGGAAUAGCUCAAAGAUUUUUAAGGAAUGAAGGUACUAACAUUGCUAACUAUAACAAGCAUGCUGAAAAUAUUUAAAUAACUAUAACUUUUUAUCUGUAUAACAAUUUAAAUAAAGUUUACCUUGCAUCAGCUGAAUCACUAUACUAGUAACUAACCUUGGCCUCGCUUAUCAAAUUUUAAUCGGUUAAAAUAUUUAGAUGGAGCUAAUUAGUUAUCAUCAAUAAGAAAAGUAACUAAAUUUCGAUAUUAUUAAAGUUAAUUUUUUGAAGUUUGGACUAAUCGACAAACUUACUAACCCGUUGACUUCAGUAGCGGUUAGGUUAUUUUCUUUAUCCUAAAACAAAUUGAAUUCUUCGUUAAUACAAUGGAACAGACGGAGCUGCAUGAAAAGUUUACAGUAGGCAAAUCAACAUUAAAAGUGUUUAAAUUAGACGCUCAACGCGCAACUUGCAGAAAUACACCUGCCACUUUUUGUGCGCUUGACUAUACAUGAGCAUACGUUGCUCCCGAUCGCCUUAUUAACUGACACCUUUUUGUACUUUCCAAUUAUUCAGAUCCCAAGCCCACUCUUAAUGAAGAACUAGCAGAAGAGAAAGCUGAGGAGUUGAGAGAGAAAAAAUAUGAAGACGCACUUGCCAAAAGAUCAAAACCGUUAACAGGUAGAUAA